GUUCAUUCAGUCUUCACCGCAGAAGACAUGAGAAGAAGCAUCUGCUUGUACCACGUGAUCACACUCUCUCUGAUGCUCUCUACUUUGACACUUGUUACUUUUUCAGAACUUGUCAGUUCACGUAACCCUUCUAGAUGGCCUAAGCCCCCAUGCAAAAUGUAUUACCCAAUAGAUCCUGAUUAUGAAGCAAGCUGUCCAGAUGUGGUAGCAUUUGUUUGUGCUACAAAUGGCUUAACCUACAAGAAUGAGUGCUUCUUUUGUAUUGAUCAGUGGGAAUUCGGCCCUCACAUUGCGUUUGUCAAAUAUGGAAAGUGUAACUAG